CUCGGACUAGCCCUGGCAUCUGCUCCGCAAAUGCAAGCAUAUAUCGAUGGGCGAUGGGCCGCAGCCGUCGCCGACCCCCCUGAGAAUGACACCAACAACCUCUUCUUCUGAAGCGGGCGCGCCUGCCUCCGCCUCCGCCUCCGGCCCGACCUCAGCCCCCCCACCGCCCGACCACGGACACACGUACAUCUUCGCGCGGCUGCGGCGCACCCUCCCCCCGCCCUCGCGGCGGCGGUUGCAUGGCGUCUUCGCGGCGAUGAUGGUCUCGAUGGUGCUAUGUGGGUGGACGGAGGGCUCGACGGGCCCCCUGAUCCCCCGGCUGCGCGAGUACUACGGGGUAAGUGGUGCGCGGACUCCGCUCACGCAGAUCAACUACCUCGUCAUGUCGCUGAUCUACACGACGGCGUUUGUGGGGUCGAUCGCGGCGGGCCUCGCAAACGUCUGGAUCACGGACCGCAUCGGCUUUGGGCUUGCGUGCCCGCUCGGCGCGCUCGCGCACGUCGUGUCCUACCUCUUGUGCGGGACGGGUGCGCCGUACGCCGUCUUCUUGGUGGGGUACGCGUUCAAUGGGUUUGGGUUGUCGUUGCAGGACGCGCAGGUGAAUAACAUUGCGUCGCGCCUCCCGAAUGCCGGAACGAAGAUGGCGUUCGUCCAGGCUUGCUUUGGGCUUGGGGGAACACUCGCCCCCUUCCUCUCCACCGCGUUCGCGGCGAACGUAGUCGAGGCGUGGUACUACUACUUCGUGGCUAUGGGGGUGGCGAUCGUCGCGUUCGUUGUUAUGCUUGUCGCGUUCGACAUGCGGACGGAGGAACAGCUUAUUCAGCCUGAGGACUGGGAAGCGGGGGAGAGGCUGGAGACGGCGCAGGAUCGCGAGCGGGCCGCCGCCGCGCAGGCGCAGGCUGCACUGAGCGAGAAGAAGAAGGAGCAGACCGAAGGCGCCGAGGCCAAGUCUGAACCGGAGCCUGAACCCGAACUAGAGAUAGCCAAGAAACGCGCGACGUCCGGGCAGAAGAUGAAGCGCAUUUUCGCCACGCCCGCCGUCUGGGCACUUAUGGGCUUCAGCUUUCUGUACAUUGGCGUCGAGGUCGCCAUCAGCUCCUGGAUGACAUCCUUCCUCAUUGAGAAACGCGGUGGGAACGCCAACGCCGGUUACGCCGUCACGGGGUUCUGGGGAGGCAUGACCGUCGGCCGCGUCGCACUCCUCCCCGUCACAAACUACCUCGGGUACCAGCCUUCGAUCUAUCUCUACUCCGCCCUCUCCCUCGCCCUUGAGCUCAUCAUCUGGUUCACCAACAGCCUGGUCGGCAACGGCGUGUGCUAUGCCUUUGUCGGCUUCUUCCUCGGUCCCGUCUAUCCCAACGCGCUCAUGGUCAUCGCCGAGACGCUCGACGAUGACCUGCGCGGUGGCGUCAUGGGUCUCAUGGGCAGCAUUGGGGGCGCUGGCGCCGCCGCGCUGCCCAUGAUGGCCGGCGGCAUCGCCGACCGCUUUGGCAUCUGGACGCUGCAGCCCGUUGCCGUCGCGCUCAUCGCCGCAUACACUGCAUUGUGGGCGACCGUGCCGCGCAAGCGCAUCACCUCGAGGCUCAAGGAAUAGCGUCGCGGCGAGCAGUACACAGAUAGAACGAGUUAGAUGAACCUCAUGCAUAUUGUGCCGGC